GCUACGAAAGCAGGAAACAGGAGAAGUGCCGCCUAUGAACUCGCGCUCGAUCUCCAGCCAGCUUCAGCCUGAUUUUCGUCGCUGAUCGUCAUUGUCUGGCUGUUAGAGCGAAUUUGUGUUAUUUGCAGCGGUUCAGAUUUCGACAGGACAGCUUGAUUUUCAUCAACAACUAUAUUGAAGUAAGUCAACCUAGUUCAACAUGAGCAACUCCAGGGAGCAAUCUCCGGAUUGGUUGCACGCUUUCCAGGCACCAACUUGUUCUACGCUGUCAAUACCCUCAGAUUCUAAUGCUUCACCAAGGAGUAGUCCAUCAAGAGAGGACACAGAUGUUGAAAAAGAGCCAUCCAUUUAUAAAUUAUUUCCGGUGCUGGAGAGAGGAAAAAAACAUGAUGCUAGUGCAGAUGCUGAAACAUCUCCAUCCAAGAAGAGUUUGCAAAUGAAGUCUCCGAAGAAGCAGCCGAAGGUAGUUUGCACAUUCUCAAGAAAGAGGAAAGUAUCUAAUAUUGUUAAAACUGAAGGGAAUGGUGAUGAUGAGAAAAAUGGAGAGGAAGAAACAGCUAAGAAGGAUUUGGAUCCUCAAGCACCUGCAGUUUGGAUGUUGUCAUCAGACUCGGAGUCUGACUCCAAGACAAUUGAAAAGCGUAAGGAUAUGGUUAUGAAUGACAGAGAUGGAGACUCUACAAUAAAGAAGGCUUCAAAGAGAAAAUCUCCGAGAAAACAGCUAAAAGUAGAAGGGAAUAAUCCUUGCUUGGAAACUGCAGAGGAAGGACCAUCCGAGAAGCCUACUCAGCCUCAUGUCUCAACCUCAAGGUUGCCAUUGGUCCUCUCAGAGAAAGUGCAUCGUUCUAAGGCACUUGUUGAGUGUGAAGGGGAGUCCAUAGAUUUGAGUGGUGACAUGGGAGCAGUAGGACGAAUAGUCGUUUCAGAUACCCCAUCUGGAAAUCAUGAAAUGUACUUGGACUUAAAAGGAACUAUGUAUAAAACAACAAUAGUUCCUUCCCACACAUUCUGCGUCGUUAGCUUUGGUCAGUCAGAGGCAAAGAUUGAGGCUAUCAUGAAUGAUUUCAUUCAGCUGAAGCCACAGUCUAAUGUUUAUGAAGCAGAGACGAUGGUUGAAGGAACCAUGGAUGGAUUUUUGUUUGAGUCGGAUGAUGAGACUGAGAAGAUGCCAAAAACUACUACACAUCAAAAUGAUCAAAAUGAAGGAGCAGAGGAACAAGCAAACGGAAAAACCAAACACAAAGCUGAGAAAAAAUCUGGUUCUGUUAGGAAGGGAAGUAGACCUACCAAAGGAAAACUGCAAACACCUAAGAAAGUGAAAAAGAAAAGUGCAGUUUCUAAGAAGACCAAGGCCAAGACCAAGAAAUGAGAGGCGGAGGAUAUAUUGUAGUCGGCAAUGGGAACAGAAAUUACCAAUAUAUAUUUUUUUCUUUUUGAAAUAAAGAAAUUACCAAUAUAUUUACAUGGUUGUUUUAUGGCAGUCCAAUUAUGAGACUGUGUCAAUAUGUGGGGUGUAAGGAUACCAACUGCAUUUUCAGUGAAUGCCAGCCUUACAAGAUUUAUUAUUGAUUAA